CUGUAAUUUACUGUUUUUUUUUCUCUAUCUUCCUCCCAAUGGCUGCAAAAUCCCAAUAGCCCACCUCAGGAUUUUGUUUCAUCACCUUCGUGCAGAUCCAUGUAUGAAGCCUCCCCUGAACCCUAAUUCAGUCAUCGAUUUCGAGUUUUGAUCGGAUGUUGACUACUAAUCCUGAUAAUUCCGUCGAUUCGUCUCUGAGCUCCCAACGCAAUCAACUGGUUUCAAGACUCUUUUAAGAUUUCAAUUACGGGGUUUAGCCGUGGAGCGGAUUUGUUGCAAUGAAGGAAGCGUUUGUGGCCCGUUUGAUAGGCGGCGGCGGUGGCGGCGGCGGGAUCAGUUCGGUUUGUGAACCUCCGGUUAAGCGGAUGGCCGUAGACGGUGCGUGUGGGGAAGGUGGUGACAGAAGUAGGACUAGCUGUAAGAGAAUCAAAACGACUCAGGUCAAUGGUUUUAUUGUCUACACCAGAACCAGGAAGACUAAAUUCGCCAAGCUUAACGAAGAAGACGAAAAUGGUGGCUUUUCGGAAAAUAGAAUGUCAAAUCGUCUCGAGGAUUCGAAACCAACAACCGGCGUUACAGUUUCCUCAGGUGAUAUGUGCGACACCGACUCGAUAGCUGACACUAGCAAUACAGUUGUUGAGAGCCCCGUCGAGAAAAUCGCUACGGAAGAGCGCAUAGCUGAAGUUCGGGAAGCAGAGAAGUUCAAAGAACGGGAUACUGAGUAUGACAGUGGCUCGUUAGUGGAUGUUGUAAUUGAUGACAUCGAUUUCGUGGAAAUGUUACAUGAAGCGGUUCCUGUUGAAAUUCUGGCGGAAGGAAGCCUGGAUUUUGAGGUAGGGAGAGUAGGAACUAAAGGGAGAACGAUGGGAAAACCCUAUUGGGAAUCGGAGAAGAGUAGGCAUGGAUCUUUAAAGCGUACUACAACGCAGAUCUAUAAAUCGUUUUUGAGAGUGAAGAAGGUAAACAGUUUAGUGGCUAAGGAGAAAGAGGUUCUGGGAGAAUCAGACUUUGAACGUGAGGAGAUAGAUGAACAGACUCGUUCUGUGAGUCUGGCUGACAUGCCCAAUUUAAUCCGCAAAAGGCCGGCUACAGUGAGGGAACUUUUUGAGACCGGUAUACUCGAUGGUGUGUCUGUGGUUUACAUGGGUACUGUUAAGUCUCAAGCCUUUGGUCUCCGUGGCAUCAUCAAAGAUGGUGGAAUUUUGUGUUCCUGUUCAUCCUGUGAUUGGGCUAAUGUUAUUUCAACUUCUAAAUUUGAGAUUCAUGCUACUAAGCAAUAUAGACGAGCAUCACAAUAUAUUUGCUUUGAGAAUGGUAAGAGCCUGCUAGAUAUUCUGAAGAUUUGUAGGAACGCUCCUCUACAUUCUCUUGAAGCAGCAAUUCUUGAUGCUGUUGAUAGCGUGUCUAAAGAAAAACGUUUCACCUGUAAAUUAUGCAAAGGCUUGUUCCCUUUAUCCUCUAUUGGCCAUAGAGGGUUUCUGUGUUCGUCAUGCUCAGAGUUAGAAAGUUCUCAGACCAGCCCUGCUGCUACGAGGACAUCAACUAGUGCUCCUGCAUGUAUAACAUCUCCGGUUAAGAGCAGACUGAAGAUAAUAAUAAAGGCAUUACGUCAAGCUUUGGUUGGGAAGGCUCUGAAUGCUUCUGCAAAUAUAUCUUCACAAAAUAAGUGCAAAUCUAAAUUUAAGAAGAUGGUGGUCCAACAUUCUGUGAACCCCAAGGCUUUAAAAAGCGUGUCCCUCUCUGUUUCUCCAAAAAAGAGGAGUUAUAGAGCAACGAGAAAGGAUCACGGAUUUCAUAAGUUUGUGUUUGAGAAAGGGGGAUUACCAGAUGGAACUGAACUAGGAUACUACGCCCGUGGACAGAAAUUGCUUGGAGGCUACAAAAUGGGUGCUGGAAUAUACUGUUACUGCUGCAAGUCUGAGGUGAGCGCCUCUCUGUUCGAAGCUCAUGCAGGCUGGGCAUCUCGUAGAAAACCUUAUUUUUACAUAUAUACAUCUAAUGGUGUGUCUCUUCACGAAUGGGCAAUUACUUUCUCGCAAGGUCGGGAAUAUUCUGCUAAUGAAAAUGACAACUUGUGUGUUAUUUGCGCUGAUGGUGGAAAUCUUUUGCUCUGCGAUAGCUGCCCCAGAGCCUUCCACAUAGAAUGCGUUUCCCUUCCAAGUAUUCCUCGUGGUAACUGGCAAUGCAAAUACUGCGAGAAAAAGUCUAAGAGCGAAACUGUUGGAGAGUACAAUGUUAAUUCUUCUGCAGCUGGUCAACUAGAAGGAGUUGAUCAUGUUGAUCAGUUAGCUGGACGAUGCAUUCGAGUUGUCAAGAACAUGGAAGCUGAAAUAAAUGGGUGUGUACUAUGCAGUGGUUCUGAUUUUUGCAGAUCCGGAUUUGGUCCCCAGACAAUCAUAAUAUGUGAUCAGUGUGAAAAGGAGUACCACAUUGGAUGUCUGAGUAGUCGGAACAUUGUGGAUUUAAAGGAAUUACCUAAAGGAAACUGGUUUUGCUCUAUGGAUUGUACGAGGAUCAACUCCACAUUGCAAAAGUUACUUCUUGGUGGGGCGGAGAAGCUUUCAGAUUCUUCUUUGGAGAUAAUACAGAAGAAGCAAGAAAGAACUGAUGUUGGACCCCUCCGUCAUCUUGACAUCAGAUGGAGACUGAUAAGUGGCAAAGUUACCUCUCCUGAAAACCGAAUGUUGUUGUCUCAGGCAAUGGCUAUUUUUCAUGAUUGCUUUGAUCCUAUAGUUGAUCCAGUUUCUGGGCACAAUCUUAUUCCGAGAAUGGUUUACGGGAAGAGUAUACAAGGACAAGACUACGGGGGAAUCUGCUGUGCUGUUUUGACUGUAAAUGCAACUGUUGUUUCCGCUGGACUACUACGAGUAUUUGGCCGAGAGGUUGCAGAACUUCCUUUAGUUGCAACCCGCGUGUGCAGCCGAGAGAAGGGAUACUUUCAAUUGCUCUUUUCCUGCGUUGAGAAGCUACUCUCGUUCCUGAAUGUCGAAAGCAUCGUGGUUCCAGCAGCUGAAGAGGCAGAGCCCUUUUGGAUGAACAAAUUUGGGUUCAGAAAACUCGCACCUGAACAGCUCAGCAAGUAUAUAAAGGUGUGCUACCAAAUGGUGAGGUUCAAAGGAUCAUCCAUGCUGCAAAAACCGGUUCAUUCAAACCAAAUUAUUGACAAGAAAAUCGAAACCGGCGUCUCUUUAGAAGAAAAUUUUGAUUUGAAACAACCCAAAGAGCCGUAUGUUCAUCUUUUGUGUUGAGGUAAAGCAAGUCAUGGAUUUGGACAAAGAUGGAUAAAAGAGUGGAGGUUUUAGGUUUUAAAAGAGUUGUUACAACUUAAUUAGAGACGUGUGUAAAUUUUUGUAGAUGCUUUUUGUUUACUUUUUAGGUUCAAGAAUGUUUUUGUUUACAUUUAUAUAAAGAUUAUUACUUUCUUAUUAAUUGUCAUUAGUUAGACUUACAAACAUAUAUAGUUCGAUGCAAUAAACAAUUUUUUAAUUACCGCCACCCAUUUUUGUUGUUGGGAG